UCCUUAAUACACUUGCGCGCUACGAGGCCUGCACAUAUUGAAUUAAUUUACAUUACAUACAUACAGCAUCAUACAUACACAUCUACAUCCACUUGUCUUUAAGACAUGCGAAGGCUUGGCAAGUGAUAUAGGAAACGGGAAAACACAUUCGCACAUAACACUGUAUAACACACAUUCGCUUCACACUUCUAUACGCUCUAAUCUUCAUUUCUAUUCUACCUUGAGUAGCGAAUGCAUCCAUCAUGUUUAUCCUGACAAGAUUUAUUCUACUUAUAGCUUAUUGCACUGCUCUGGCACUGGGUAAAUGUGAUACUAAAGAGCCCAAAGAUAUUUUGAAAAGACUGAAAGAAAUGACAAAGGUGCCUCCAAAAUUCGAUCUCUCUGAUAUGGAACUGUUGCUUGACAAUCCGUUUUAUCGAGACCUUCUGGAAUGUCCACUAAGUGAAGCCAAGCCUCUCUACAAGUCAUAUGAGGAAGCUAUGAAAAAUGCUCUUCAACAUUAUGAAAAUGAAUGCCCAAAUUUCUCAACUAAAAUGAAAGAAAUUCAAAUCUGUCGUACAAAAUUAGUUCCUACCAAAUUAUUUACCAAUGGCAUAGAAGAAUUUUGUAGCGAAUAUGAUCAUUGUGCACAAAUUUACAACAAUACAUGUUCCGGAUUGAAAAAUCUUCCUCUAGGAUACUUUUCGGGUGUUGCAGCAACUGAAGUAUGUAAACUAGAAUGUAAAACCAAAGGUGAACUACUGAAUCAGAUGAGCAACUGUUGGGGCUUUUUGCAAGCUCUUACUAGUAAUACAAAGCUUAGUACUACUGAUAAAAGUCGGAAUUAUGAUACAUUUUACCAAUGUAUUUCAUCUAAACCAAGACCAGACUGUUUGAUAACACAAAGCCAGGCAUUAAAGAUUUUUCCUCUUUUUAGCCAUGAGAAUACUCUCAAAAACAUUAGUGGUAAUAAACCAGCAGCUGAGGACUGUAUUACUAAGUGGAGGAUAUUAGAAAAUUUGGAAAUGUGGACAGAUGAAAUAUGCAACCAAAUCAUGGAGUCCAAAGAUUGCAUUCUAAAACAUUUAAAGGAUGAGAAGAAAAUAAUGAACACAAUACAUUGUAAAUGUUAUCCUGCAAAUAACGACUUCCCUAAGUUUGAUCUUAUGGAUCCUGAUCACAAAAUAAAAGUCAUAUCAUCAUCAAGUCCUGCAGCAUUUGAUGGGAAAAUGGUCAGCCGGCUCUACUCUGUUACAUUGUUAUUGGUUACCAGAUUCUCAAUACAACUGUGAACAAGUCUCCUUUAGAACCUUGGUGCUUUAAUGGCAGUGUCUGCGUAUGUAUACCUGUGCACGACGAGAUAAAUACAUAAGUUUGUGUUUUGAGUUACAGCUACAUCUAAAUAUCAUAUAGUUGUGUGUUUGUGUUUUUGAAUAUGUGAAUAUUAUUGUUGUUUAGUUUAAGGUAAGUCUUACUCUAGCGAACCCAUGGUCAAAAGUAUUCCAGCUAUAACCAGCCCAUCUUUUAUUAUUCUGACAUAGUGUAUUGUGAACUACAUUAUCAAAUAUAUGUUGUUUUUUUUUAUCUAAGAUAGCAGGAUCUGGCAUGAGAAAAAUUUGGCUGAUAUUUCCAGCAAAUCAAAUGACCAUGAGGAAGCUUCUUUAUUGAUUCAUGCAUGAAUGUUUAUGUAUCAAGGUGUUUAUAAAAGUGUGUUUGAGAGAGAGAGAGAGAAAUCAAUAUAUAUUGAAAAUAAAUGUAUCAAACUUUG